GUAGUCAAACUCCGGCUCAGUAAGGACUGUGGUCCCCGUUUGCAGUGCAGUUCGAAAUCUCUGGGAGCGACCGCGUUCUUUCGUUCCUCCUCUCUCUCUCUCUCUCUCUCUCUCUCUCUCUCUCUCUCUCUCUCUCCUUCUCUCCUUUUUUCUCCUUCUCUGUCUCUCUGUCUGUCUUUCUCUUUUUCUCUCACUCCUCUUUCCGCCGGCUGUGCUAUCCCGUUUUUCAUCUGUCCCCGCUGUCUUUCUCUGUCCCUCCUUUUCGCCUGUCGUCUGUUAUCUCUCCUCCCUACCUGUAAACUCCACCGUGUGUCCCUUCACCCGACGAGAGAACGCCGCCUCCUUAAACUUUUUUUUUUCUCCACUCGCGUUCGGCUGUCGCGACGCAACCCCCUCCGCACGCGACUAUACGUACGCAUGUACGAACACACGCACGCAGUCACGCACGCAGGCGGAGGCGGGCAGCAGCAGACACGCACGCACGCACGCACGCACGCACGCAAGCACGCGGCGAUCAGUGCGGAACCGUCCAGGAGCGGGUGAAUUUACGAUUGAUGGAUACGAGCGCAACACGCCGGACACGUCCCGGCAAUUCGAGAGGUGUCUUCAUGGCGAGUCACGUGGAUCGGCGACGGUGAUUCGGGAGAGAGUCUCUCGUUAGUACGGGCCCAGUGCGCCGUGGAACGUGUACGUGUUCUCCGCCUGAUCGCCGACGGAUGUCUACCACUCGGACAGGUUCAUCGGCGUCCGCGUCGCGGGGGAUCGCGGGGUGAUCGGCAAGUGUGAGGCGCACGAGGAAAUCGCGGUGGAUCGGGUCGAUGUGCACAGGUCCGAGAGAACGUACCGACACUUCACGUCGCUCGGUGACAGUUCCAGUUGGGAAGGAGUUCAUAUGGAAUGGCAUCACGUGGACCGUCGCCGUCGACGCUGCCGAUCGCGAUAGCGAUAGCCGCCGUGAUGACAGUCGUGGCUAAUGGCCUUUGCCCGCCGCGAUGUCGAUGCGACGACGAGAGUCUACGCGCCACGUGCGCCCACGCCGGUCUCGAGGUCGUGCCGAUCCAGCUGAACCCGGAGAUCCGCCACUUGGACUUGUCCAACAAUCGCGUGGCCAGCGUGCACCUGACCUUCAGCUUCUACGGUUACCUGAGGAGCCUCGAUCUCAGUUCGAAUCUCAUCCACACGCUGGGCCUGGAGAACUUCGGCUUGCAGCAGAACCUAGUCGCGCUGAACGUCAGCAACAACGCGAUACGCACGCUAGUGAAAAACGCUCUGCGUGGACUCACUUCCCUGAAGGAGCUCAACCUGGCCAGCAACAACAUCUCGGAGAUGGACGAGCAGGCGUUCAAGUACACCAGCGAGCUGGAAGUGUUGAAUCUCAGCGACAACUCGAUCACCAGCCUGCCAGACGGUCUGCUGAGGAACUUGCACAAAAUACGCAUUUUGAUCCUCAGCAAGAACUCGUUGCUGGGGAUACCGACCGACAACCUCGCGUUGGCGCCGAGUCUCGAGCGUAUCGACCUGUCGGAUAAUCUGAUACUCGAACUGGACCGGGAUUCCUUGCCAUCCUUGCCGUCGCUGGUCUCCCUGAUCCUCUCUAACAACGUCAUCAGGAGCAUCGCCGACGUCGCGUUCGACCGUCUACCGGAUCUCCUCUACUUGGAUCUAUCCGGGAACAAUCUGACGUCCGUGCCUACGGCCGCGCUGGCCCGGCUGAGCGUCCUGACGAACCUCGUGUUGAGCACGAAUCCCCUGGGCUCGUUGGAGGCGGUGGCCUUUCGCAACCUGUUUGAGCUGAGGAACCUGGAGCUGAACGACUGCACGAUAGCGAGGGUGAAUGCGCGCGCGUUCGCCGACAACGUGAACCUCGAGCGCAUCUCGAUGGACGGGAACCGCGAGCUGCGGGAACUGCCGGCGCGAGUGCUCUACAGCGCCAGGUAUCUCAGGUGGGUUUCUUUACGCCGCUGCAGCCUGGCGACGCUGCAGCCGACGCAAUUCCCCGUCGACGGCCUGUCGCAUCUCCGCGUCGGCGGCAAUCCUCUCGUGUGCAACUGCUCGGUGCACUGGCUGUGGAACGUUAUUCGUGCGGAGGAGCGGCGAAACGAGACGCGGCUCGAGCUGGACACGCACGACAUCGUAUGCAGCGACGAGGAGUUCGCCGGCAAGGCCUUGAUCGCGCUCUCGGAGGGUUCCCUGCGGUGUCGUUUGAGUUUGCUCUACAUGUCACUGUCAGCCACCGGCUGCUUGGUUGCGGCCGCCACCGUACUCGCCCUCGUCGCUCGUGCGACGCGGGCGAAAAGGAAGAGACGGCUGGCGUACGCCGCCCCAAAUCGCCCGGAAUUUCUCGUCUACGUCGGCAGGAGCAACAACGAGCUGGACAAGAACGCCGAGUCCUACAGCCGACGGCUGUUGGCUCGCAGCGAAGACACCUCGUACGAUUCCCCACGCGGCGGUAAGGCCUCGGUCACGGCGGAGCGUAGCCCACAGUCCUCGCAGGAUACGAACAUCUACGAAACGCCGCGGUAUGCCCGUCCGAGUCACCGCGACGUCGAACCUUCGUACAGGAAACAGCCAGAGGAGGGGGUGUACGCGGUGGCGGACGUGACCGAUCUACGCGACGAGCCUCCGGAAGUGCUAUCGCUUUAUCGCACGCAUAGCCCCGCCGUUCCCAGGUCGAACCCGCCGCGGCGUUUGGGCUACGGUUACGAUUAUGAAUACGAUUAUGACUACGAGCCACCGCCGCCGCCGCCGCCACCGUUGCUCUCGGAGAAGCCGCAUGUCGUGUUCGUGUGAAUGUGCAGCGCGUCCGUCGUUCGCGAAUGGUACAAGUCGGUUGUCUUCAGGUUGUUGUUGCGAGCGCUAAUCGGCGAGUCCACGAUGUGAAUCCGGAGAACGGUCUCUCUCUUGACGAAGAUCGUCAACAACGGAUGGUAACUCCGUAUCGCGGGCUUUUAAAUGUUCGAAAUAUCCUCGGGAUUAUGCAGCCUGUGGGGCAACCCCCGCAGCGUCUCGCGUGCGUAGAGCGAGGAUGCGCGCCGCGGGGGUGGUGUGGAAAUAUAAAGGAUUCGCGCAGAUAUCUCGGUCGUUAAAUUUACGCGAGGCACGAUACCGCCCCCGGAACGAUCGUCGUUAUCAGUACGCCACGUCUCAACUCGCACACGAGGACCAACCGACCAACUGCGGGGGUGCGUACGCGGCUCAAGUGCUGGACGUUUGUUCACGUUCGGCAAUAGUGGUGUGUUUGUUCGGAGAAGGGAAUGAAGGAGAAGGAGGAGGAAUAGAGGGAAAACAACGUCCACAGCGAUUCCGAAUAGUUCGUACGCCGCGGUAAACGCGAAAGUGUCGAAAGUCGAUACGCGCGGUUCGCAAUUUCCCGUUUGGCGACGGAAAUGAUCGAUAACAACCACCGUCGUCGUCGACGUCGUCGUCGUCGGGAUGGCGAAUUAUGAUCCGAGAUUCCGUUGCUCGAAACAUGAACGAAUGUGUGCCGCGUUUUGCUUGCGAGGACCGGCGGCCGUGACGCGUGACACACUGAAAUUAUCCCCCAGGACAAACAGAAGCAACCGUGUGGACGAGUGAAAAUGAAAUGUCUUCCGAGAUAGUUGCGUCGCUGCUAGAGAGAACGAAGGAGAGAUGGAGAGAUUGAGAGGGAGAGAGAGAGAGAGAGAAAGAGAAAGAGAAUGAGAGAGUGAGCGAGAAAAUUAGAGAAUGAAAGAGUGAGUGAGCGAGCGAGCGAGAGAGAGAGAGAGAGAGAGAGAGCCAGGAUGCAUUCUCACUGAGAGAACACAAUCUGACUCGGAAUGUAAAUUGUGCGGGAGCGUAAGAGUACGUUGUGUACCACCGGCCGUAGGAAGCGAGGACCCGUAUUUAUUUUCGAGGAUUGUGUUGAAAUCCACUGGCUCAGUGCGAAUGCAGUGGCCCGGUUUUGUGAGGCGAAGCGCCUUCAUUUCGUCGGGUUCGUUUGAACGUAGUGACAAAUCAAAUCAAAGCUGCGUCGCGUUAGUCGAUUAAAGGAUCGUCCUAGAGAUUACUAGCUACCUAGAGAUUAAUACUCCUCGUAUAAAGUCCGUUCCAGGCUGAGAAUGGCCUUCGGCUCGAGAUUUCCGAAAUAAAACUCUCUCUGCGUAUCGGCCGCGUCAAACUGCGUUGCCGUUCUACUACUAUUACCACUACUAUUACUACUGCUGCUAAUACUACACUUACUCUUACUCUUACUAUUAUUAUUACUAUUACUACUACUCUAUCACUACUACUACUACAUACUACUGCAUACUACUACGUACUAUUACUUACUACGGAGUUAAUAAGGGUGCGAUGAGUUGUUUGCUGAGAAUUGCGUUAGCACGUUCCUCACACAUGAGACGCUUAAGGGAGCAAAUUACGUUAAAGGUCGCGAAACCGAUUUUUCCCCUCUUUUGCGACCGACCCGGGGAGGGAAAGGAAACCCUCAUUCGUACGAAGUGUUGUACAUUGAAGCAAUAAUAGUUACGACCUUUUACUGUAUAAGCACACACUUACACCGAAUACAUUUAGGAAUUACGGAAAAGGACACAUUUAUAUACGAAGCAUAAGCGAAUGCAUAUAUAUACGAGAUAUAAAUAUAUAUUUAUUUAUUAAUU